CGCCGCUCGGGCCGUAUAAAAGCUUUGCCUUUGGAUGCUCCCACCACUUCAUUUGGCUCCUGCCUCGCUCACCUGCACGGGUGAACCGCUGUGCCUGUCGCUGCCCCCCUGGGAAGGAUGUCCUACUACGAGCAGUGCAAGCAGCCCUGCCUGCCCCCUCCCAUCUGCCUGCAGAAGGGGGUGAAGCGGGUGGUGGAGCCGUGCCAGGCCGUGUGCCCCGAGCCGUGCCCGGUGCAGUGCGUGGAGGUUUGCCAGGCCCCCUCUGCCACCCAGUGCAGCUCCUCCUGCAGCACCCAGUGUGUUGAGCCCUGUGCCACCCAGUGCAGCACCUCCUGCAGCACCCAGUGCGUGGAUGUCUGUGCCCAGCCCUGUGCCCCGCAGUGUGUGGACGUCUGUGCCCCGCAGUGCGUGGACGUCUGUGCCCAGUCCUGUGCCCCUCAGUGUGUGGACGUCUGUGCCCAGUCCUGUGCCCCCCAGUGCCCCACCAAGUGCCCCGAGCCCUGCCAGGGCCCCUGCGUGGAGGUUUGCACCACCAAGUGCGUGGAGUCCUGUGACACCGUGUGCCUGGAGCCCGUCUGCUCCCGGCCCUGCUGA